AUGCAACGUCAAGCCCAGAAUGAACUUCAGCGAGCGCUGGUGUCUUCACGAGAGCUGAUGGAACUGGCGCCAACGUCGCUUGAUCCUCGGCGGAAGGGUCUGGUGGUUCGGGGUAAAGGUGUGGGUUCACCUCAGGAAAAAGUGCUCCAACUGCUCGGCAUCAAUAUUGCUCCUGCUCCUACUCGACUGUUUUCUCUGAACUUAAAACAACUGGGAUCGCGGAAAUUGUCGCUGUAUCUCAACCUCAAUGAGCAACUCAACUCCGAUCCAUCGGCGCAGGCGCCGAUUGGCCAAGGAGAGUUGUCAUUGGAUGACUACAAUCGGAUUGAAGAACCAGAGAAGCGUCGCUCGAGACACUCAGCCACCUAUCGUACUUUAUUAGGCGGACAGAACCUGCAGUUGCUGCUUGCACUGACUUCUCGGAAAGAUCCCAUUCCCAAUCCUCGGUUCUCGAGAUUCUCGGUGGGUCCUUUACUCGAGGAGCGGCCGCUUUCAAGCUACGAAGUACAGCCCAUUACAACCGACUUUGAUGAGCAGCCACUUUCAGCAGGUUUGGGCAUUGGCGCUGAGACAACUGUGCUGUCGCUGGAUGAAGAUUUUGAUGAUACUUUUGCUCAUAAGAAAGACGUUCUGCAACCUCUGUUUUCUUUACAGGAUUUGACGAUGAACGAUCCUGAUGAUCUUGGUUUUGAUGAUGAUGAAGAAGAACCCAAAACAGAAUUGCUGAGUUCGCAAGUGUUGACCCCAGUAGCAGGAGUUCCGACAAACGAUUACAUUGCUUCUAUUCUGCUGCUGCCACUUGAGAUAUCUGAUAUUGGCAUUGGCCGUCGCAAGCUGGUUAAAUUGCCCGAACCUAAUGUUGAGGAGAAAAGUAUGCCGAAGAGACGUCCAGCUCUGCACCCUGAACCAUCGCGUAUCUUUUCCACUCGGAUUAAGCCGCCAACUGAAACCAACGACGCCAACAAUGUUACGAACAACAAGCGAGUGACUAUAAACCACACGCCGGAAAUACUUGGAAGUGGAUUCCCCAAAAAGACUGGUACUCUUUUACGGAAGUUGUCUCUUAAACCCAAGCGUCAGGCACCGCCCCCUCCCCGGCCGGUCCCUGAAGCCGUUACAAACAAUAGUGCCCCACCACGUAAGUCGUGGUUUUCCCGCUUAGUUGACUUGUUUGGUGUACCCGAUGUAAGAGAUCCUCGCCUUCAGGAAAAAGAUACUAAUGUUAUCAAUUCAAUGCUUUCACUGGCGGAAUUGAUGACAGUUAUCAAGAAGCAUCUUCAGCUUAAGGCUAUGGAAGGUACCAUCCUGCUGAUUGAAUUGGAUGAGGAGUUUGGCUUGAUCAACGGGUCUAUUCCAGCCAAGUACGCCCAUGGCAAAAAGCUUCGGUUCAAGAUCGAAAUUAUAGAUUUGGUGGAUACACUGUCCCUCCAUUUGCAUCGCAUCAAAGGUAAUCAACGCGGAUUUGAGAACAUGACUAACGUGGUCACUUUUGUUAUUCAGCACGAAGAGGCCAACCGUCGCCACCGCUUUUGA